AUGUGUAAGCAUAUUCUGAAUGCACAAGUAGCAGUGCGUGCGCCGUGCUGCCGCAAAUUUUUUGAUUGCCCCGAGUGCCACGCAGAGACGCAGGACCACGCGUUGGCAAAAACGACAGUGCUCGCGUUUCUGUGCAAAAAGUGCCGGCGUGCAUUUCGCAAAGACAUGGAGCAUUACGAGGAUGCAGAUGAGUUCUGCCCGCACUGCGAUAAUCACUAUGUGAUUGAAGCGAAAACACCGCAGCUCAUGCUCCAGGUCGAGGGCGAGGACGGGCGUGUGGACCCAAGCAUGAUCCGCGAUGACCGCGCGCGCGCACGUAUUUCAGCUGAGGAUCAUGGGAGUAUUGACCAUGGCGGAUAUCAAGCGGCAGCGCUCGCAUUCCAGCAAGACCUGGCGAAUGGCAAUCUCGCGCGUGCAUCCGCGCCUUUGCCAUCGCUGGUCAAUUUGAAUAACGACGACUUGGAUUGGGAGUAG